CAUAAAAGUCCGAUAUUUCGACUUGUUUUUUGUGUUCAUCACAAGAUAGUGGUGAUUGUCUCACUUCGUUUUUAAACUCGCUAGUUCUUAAUGACAUCUGAUAAGAAGAUGGAACGCUACUUACUGUUUCUACUGCUAGUCAUUGUGUGUUUAUACCAUAGAUCGGGAACUUCUUUUCACUUUAGAAUAGAGAAUCUUUGCAAUAAUCGUGACCAAGUUUCUAUUAUCGGUGGGGAACAAAGACGCCUGGUUACAGAAGGCGGUCGGGUAACAUUAAUAUGUUGUGUACCAGGUAAAAGUAACGGUCAUGAUCAUGAGCAACUUGUAUGGAAUAGUCCGGAUGGAAAAGAAUUGGUGAACUAUUUUUCCAACCCAACAUCUGACAAUCAACAUACUGCAUAUUCUGUACCUGAUUUUCACUCCAAAGAUCAUUUAAUAACCAUGAUGGUUGUUCAGAAAUUCCAAGCAAAAGAUAGUGGCCAGUAUACAUGCCGAAACACACACCCUAGUUCCACAGCUCUCCCAGCUAGUGUAUUUAUAGAUGUCAGACCCAGGCUUUUGGCAGAUUUCAUCCCAUUACCUCCAGCUAGUUCAGAGGAUUCAGGUUCAGCAGUUGUGGCUGGUGUUGCAGUGUCUGUUGCUCUUGAAGAAGGACGAAGGGGAGAAAUAACAUGUCGUGUUAAUCCAGAAUUAAAUGUCAACGAUGUUCAACUCACUUGGUUUUUUCAGGGUCGUCAACUAAUUACACCAUCGAUCGUAAUGAAACAAAUGGGACAAAAGAAUUUAUUUAAAGUCAAUAACACUGGCCAUGAAAAUUCGCUUCCUGAAAUGAAAAGUGCUGAUAUGUUUUUACCCUCCUCACAUGACAGAAGUUUCACACCAGAGUCAAAUCAGCUGUUUACGGAACAACUUAACCGCCCCGUCGCCCUUGAUCCUGCAGAAUUGGGUAUACAAAUUUCACAUGAUGGACAAGUACUUGACAUUUCGAGAGUGGAUACACGUCAUUCAGGAAUAUUUUUAUGCAAGGCAGAAACUGUUAAUCCAACAUGGUCACCACAAAAUUCAGAAAGUGAUUCACGCUUAUACGAAAGUGGAGUUGUAACUGCACCUUUCUUGAUACAAAUUCAAGCCAUUCGUGGAAUCGUUUAUUCACGCCCACGUUUGCUGCCAGGAAGCCCCGCAGAAGUAUUCUCUAAAACGGAUUCAGAUGAGCCGCAGUUGGUCAGUUCAUACAAACACAUUGUUAACAGACGUCAGGAUGAACAGAGGCUAGAUACAGUUCAAGGGUCACCCAAUUAUUUACAAUCUGUCCUGCCUCUGUGGCGCGAGAGUGAUGAAAAGAAAGAAAAACCCAUUAUAAAAAAUUCAAAGAAGAUAGUUCAAGAAGGUGGAACACUCAUAUUAGAAUGCCAGGCCCGUGGGAGGCCAAGUCCCCAGCUACUCUGGUAUAGAGGUGGUAUGGGAUCUCUAACAACACAUAGCUCACAAGCUAUUACGUUUGAUCAACGGAUCAAGUCAGCGUUACAGCACUUACCUUUGGAAGAUGUACAACGAGAACUGGGAAUUCUUAUCGCUGAUUUUGAUCAUCUUUUUCCUUCUGCAAUUAAUAUGGUAAAUAUAUCAAACGAAGUUAUGAACAAGGCACCUGAAAAUCGUGGUAGCAUCCAUAGAAAAGGGAUACAAACACAUGAGUUGGGUCGUUUCCAGUUGUCAACUGGUUUUCGAAAAGAUGAUCGAGGAGAUCCAGUUAUAGCAAUGUCGCGCCUAACAAUCAAUAACCUAAUGCCUUCAGACGCUACUCGUUAUACUUGUCUCGCUCUCUUGAAUUUGAAUUUAUAUGGUGGAGUCGGAAAUUUUACAGACGUUGGGAGCAUUCUUCCUGAUAUUGUCCUCAGACCCAGAUUUGUUCGCUCAGGAACUAAUUUAAAAGCCAGCGGAUAUCCUGGAGAAAGCUGCCGGCUAACAUGCGAAGCAUAUGGCGGUCUCCCGAGUAAAAUGGGUCUACGGGUUCGGCUUUUAAAAGGUCCUGGUGUCAACAAGCUUAUUUCCUAUUUAUCUCAAACUAUGUAUCCAGAAAACACAAAUCCUCUGCUGAAAUUGUAUGACGAUGUUUCUGAAACUCAGUCAACCUACUCUUCGGGCAAGAACCCGAUUAUUAAUCACAAACCAUUCGUUAAAGACGAUGGUUUAAGUGAUUGGUUUUCAUCUGAUUCACAGUACACUAGUUUGUUAGCAGCGAACAGCAUGAAUAAUGAGCUGAAUAGUAGUGAUUUUAUUGAAAUAGUCAAACCUGGUAUGAAUCCUCGAUAUCACUUGAAAGUUGAACCAGAUCCGCGGAAUCCAUAUGCAACAAUUCUGCGUUUGGAUAUUACAGACUUGACACCGGAUGAUAAUUCAUUUUAUUUAUGUGAAGCACUUUCCGGACCUCAUUGGCGAGCAGUCACUCCUACACCAUCAGAACCUCCUGGGAGAGUAACAGUUUGGUUUGCUCCACCUGUUGCAGAGCCCCGACGUGUUAGUGAGAUAUCAGACCAACUGGAUACGGAUGAAAAUGAGGCACCUUCUCAACCUGGCAAAUAUGUUGUCUAUGGUUUAUCACAUUUACCUUCUAAAAUAGCUUGCCAGGCACUAGGACAACCAACACCUCAAUGGAAAUGGGUGGGACCACAAAGUGGACCAAAUGUACCAUUAGGUGAAGUAGAUGAUCCGAAAGGCUAUACUAAAGUGGACUAUCUUGACGGUGAAUAUUCUGUUACUGAACUAACUGUUCCGGCCGGUUAUUGGAAUGUUGGAGUAUUCGGUACCUAUUCGUGUACUGCAACCAAUACAUUAGGCCAUGCUACUGGGCAUAUUCGACUGCAGCUAGCUAGCCAUCCUGGUAGGCCGGCGUUAAGAGCCUGUAAAGUUGAAGCAACUUUGAUUGAAUUGUGUGUUGAACCCCCAAACGAAACAGGUGGUUUGCCACUCACGCAUUAUGAAUUAAGGAUUCAAACUCAUCCUCGAGGUGCUUUUCAUGGGCCUUUCGCUUAUCUUCCUGGUCGAAGAGUGCUGAGAUUACCAAAUCUGAUUCCGGGUUAUUACUAUCGAUUUGCAUUGUCGGCUGUAUCAAGGGCUGGAAGAGGACCAAAUGCAUAUUUGCAGGUAACCACGAAUCGGUUAUCUAGACCAGUAAUUAAACUACUCGCUUCCCAGGAUUAUAUAAGUCCCACAGGAUACAAUGUUCAUUGGAAUACAGAAACAACAAACGGUAUGGAUAUCAAUCAAUACAAUAUCAAUAUCAGACCAGUAGAAGUUGAUUAUUCUAUGGGUGAGAUAGCUGGACGUCCUAUUGGAUCUUGGACUCAUUUUAAUAACAUUGAACCGCUGUGUGUUACAUCAGUGGCAGAGGAUCAAAAAAUAUGCAAUUUCCUAAUUGAUGAUUUAAAGCCAGACAGUGCAUACGAACUAGAAUUAUCUGGACAGAAUUCAAUGGGAUUCUCAGAAACACAACGAAUCAUUUUUAAAACAUCAUCACUGACAGGUAUGAAUGGACGAAUAUUAAAUAUGCCAUCAACUAUGAGAUUAAAAGGGGAAUCUAAUCACAUUUCCCUAGCAAAUAGCUCGCUUGUUUUUCUGUUAGUUACUAUUUUACACUUCAGUGUAAUCUAGAAAGACUUAUGUUUCAGAUGUUGUAUACGAAAACAUUUUCUAGGGAAAGUCUUGCAUAAUCACAUUGAAUGGUUGCCUCGUACAUUGAUUUUUCACCUAGUAUAUAAUUUAUUUUAUUUUAAAGAUGUUAGCUUGAAACUCUUUAGUUCUCUUACUUUCUUACUGUCAACUUGUUCACCACAUUGUGAUAUUUAUACAUAAACAGAUUUUAAUAAUGAUUACUUUCGUUUUAGUUUAUCAGAUAAUUUUAUUUCUGUAUUAUGCUUACAUCAACAUUCUUGACAUCUACAUAUUAUCUACCGACCUUCGUUCAAUCCAUAACACUUAUAUCACUUGUAUCGUUUUAUUGAUCUAUUUAGUUGUUUAUUCAGUUACAUAACUCAAUCUAAAAGUGUUUUCAUUGUUGUUCUUCUUUGAUGUGUUUUAUUUACUGAGAUCUUUUUAUAGUCAUAUCGAAUGUACUAUUUAUUCAUAGUAUUCUAUAUAUAUUUCAUCUCCGUUUAAGUAAUCAUCAUCAUAAUUUCAUCUGUCAAUGUUAUUUUCAGUGUUUUUACUAUAUUUCUUUAUAUUUCGAAUUAUUAUUAUUAUUAUUAUUAUUACUUUACGGUUAUUACUCGUUACAAAUAAUAUCGUGAAAAAAGUAACAUACUUUGACUAGUUAAUUUCCUCGUUAAUAGUUCAGAGAAAUAAUACACUAUAAACUUAACGUCUGCAUGUUGAGUGCCAAAUAAAUAUUCGCCGAAAACAUGUUUGUGUUAUUUAAUGAUUGAUGGACAGGAGAAAUAAGAGAAUUCGAGGAAUCAUCUCUCUUUUAAUUAUCUUACUGACACCUAUUAUCCCCAGUGGAGCAUAGACCGCUG